GGAAGCGAGCGAGCUCGAGAGGGGAGUUUUAAUCGGGAGAGACGGGAGAGUCUAAACUUCCUGGAGAGUACUGCAACACUAUCUCCUGGAAGUUUAAUCCCCCCGUGAUAUCCGGAAGACUCUACUUCAUUACAGUAGAGUACCACCACUGUCAUCACGGAAACUACCUCAACCAGAUUCUAAGGAAGAACUUCACGGGGAAACGGGCCAAGUUCCCAGAAGACGAAGACGAACUCUCGAUCGAAGAAGAAGAAGAAUCUUUUAGCUACGAGAAGGGAGCGAGCGAGCGAGCGAGCGAGGCUUGGAGUUUUAAUCUUCUCAGCGUGGGGGAAUUAGUUUUAAGUUAAGAUUAAAGCAAAGCUUCUAGAGAGCAGCGAGCGAGAGAGGUCUGAAGAGCUAGUUGGCUAUGGCGGAAGAUGAUGAUAUAGCAGGUUUGUAGCUCCUGGAGGCCAUACUAAGCUAGGAACACACAUAGGCUCCACUCGACAAAGGAGACACAAACACACACACUCUCUAUACACUUUUCCGGGAGAAUCUCACUUCUCUCUCUCUCUCUCUCACUCAUUCUCUCUGUGUUCUUUGUUUCUUCUUCCUAUUUACUUCCAAGUUUGCGAUUUCUUGUGGAUGAAUUUCUGGGACGAAUUUCCUUCUAUCCUGUCUGGUUAAGUUGUUGGGCAACCAGGACGUUGUCUUGAUUCCAUUCUCUCUUUCUCUUCUCUCUCCCCUUGUCACACUUUCUUUUUGUUUGGCCCCUGGAGAGGCCGUGCUCUCGAGAGCCCGAGGAGAAAAGUGGCAGCGAGCGACAAAAGAGAUGGAAUCUGUGAGCUCAGGGCGCGAGUAGCACAGCGAAAGCUCGCUUCGGAUCAAGGGGCAGCGGCCGCUUUGGUUUCAAUAAUGCUGGAAUCUAAGAGAUGACGACCAGGAUGAUCUUAGAAAGUUACCACGGGAGUAGCAGUAGCUGGUAGGAGGAGAAAACAUGAAAAGGACGAGUCGAAGUUCUCGCUGCUCUUUCUUUUUAUCCGGCAGUGUGUGGACGACGCUAUGGCAGCACGGAGUUUACGGCCAACUCGAUUUCUCGUGUGCUCGUCAGCCAUGAUUCCUGAAGAGAUUUGCUUUACGAGCUAUCAUCCACCAGGUACUCAAACAUCAUCCUCUCUCUUUCUUGGUUUUCUUUUUCCUCGUUCGUGGUUGUUUGUAGAACUUGGAGUGAAGAGUUUUUCUUUGUUUUAUCUGGUGUUAGCAGCGCUGCAGUGUGAGUCAGGCUAAAUCUCAGUUUCCAUUCGCCCGUUUGGGAGCAGCGAUUCCAUUCGCUGCUUGUGAUUUCCAACGCGUUUUUCCAUCUCGUUCCAGGCAGCAAAUUCUAGUUUUUUCUCGGGAAUGAUCAUACAAACUUGACGUUGUUGCAGGAAGAGAAAGAUCCCGAGAAGCUGGAGUAAUGUGGCUGGGAGUAAUCCAAUUGCCGUGGUAGCCGCGGAGGAAGCAAACAAUCCCGAGCAAAUGGAUCGGCAAAUAGUUAUCGCAUAGUUCCUGUAGAGCUAGUACCAGGAAGAACGAACACGCAAGAGAGAGCAACAGUGAUGGCCGAGGAGGCGAAUUAGCGCUGGAAACAAGGAAGCCAAGGGAUCGAUCGAUCGGCCGAGAGACUGGCGUUAGUAGUAAGUGCCAUGAAUCCUUCGGGAACAGCGGCGGCGGCGGCUGGAGGAUCUGGUCUGCCGCUCUGGGCUGCCGCUGCUGGAGGAGGCGGAGGAGGAGGAGGAUCCAGCGAUCACCACCACCAGCAGAGCUCCUGGGAUCUCACGAUGCAUCCCUUCGCAUCGAAUCAUCAAAACCACUACCACCAAGAUCACCACCACCACCACCAGCUCUCCGCGGCUCCCUCCUCCAACAGCGCCGCUCACCACCACCACCACCACCAUUCUUCCAAGACGAACAGCAGCGCUGGAGGCGAUCAGUGGGAGAUAUCUCCAUGGGAUCAGUCGAGCACCACCACCACUAGCACGAGCAAUCUCUUCUAUCAGCAGCAGCAGCACCACCACCACCACCAGCAGCAAGGCCACGAGCUCAAGCCACUAAUUCUCUCCAGGCCCAGCUCUUACUCCUCCACCUCUUCCUCGUCCUCGCAGCACGGUGGCGGCCUCGUCUUUCCCAGCAGCUAUGGCGGCGGUGGCGGCGGCGCUGGUGGCUUCCCAGGCGGCACUUUCCCACCCUCGGGCGGUGGCGGUGGCGGUAGCGGCGGUGGUAGCGGCGGUACCACCGGCGGUGGCACCCACUUCCAGACGAUGCUCCAGCAGCAGCAGCAACGAUCGUCAACUUCCUCGUCCACGAAUCCCAUGACACUAGCGCUGCUCCAGCAGCAGCAGCAGCAAAACGGGAUCCUUGGCAGCGCCACCGCGCUCGACGUCCCGGAUCAUCAGCUCCACCACCACCACCACCACCAAGAACAUCAGCAGCAGCAGGAUUUGCGAACUUUCGAGCAAAGGCGCAGCUUCUUCGGCCUCAUGGACGUGGAGUCGACCGAUCAGCAACACCAGCAGCAGCAGCAUGUCGCGCAGCAGCGAUCCAGCUCCGGGAACUUGGGAGCUCUAGGUGGGUUGUGGAAUUACAUCAAGCGCGAAGAACAACACCAUAGCCACCAGCAGCAGCAGCAGCAGCAGCCGCACUACCAGUUCUUGGGUCACCACCACCAUUCGAGCAGCCAUAGCCAGUACGAUCAGCAGCAGCAGAUGAACGAGUGGCUGCAUGGGAGGAUUGGAUUGAACCUCGGGGGGCGGACUUACUUCUCGGCCGAGGACUCGCUGAUUGCGCGGUUUGGCAAGCGGCCGCGGCUCAACGGGCCGUCGGUUCACGUCCCCCGCUGCCAGGCCGAGGGGUGCACCGCGGACUUGAGCAAGGCCAAGCACUACCAUCGCCGCCACAAGGUGUGCGAGCUCCACUCCAAGGCUCCAAACGUGAUCGCCAACAAUCAGACCCAGCGCUUCUGCCAACAAUGCAGCAGAUUCCACUUGCUAACCGAGUUCGACGACUCCAAGCGGAGCUGCCGGAAGCGGUUGGCCGAUCACAACCGGCGGAGGCGGAAGCCGCAGCCAACGAGCACCACCACCACCGCCAGCGCCGCCGCCGCCGCUUCGACUUCCACCGCCGGUGACUCCGCCGCUGGAAAGUCCGAGUCCCACGAAGGAGGAGGCGGGGGAGGCGGCUCGGAAGCAACACACUCUAGCGGUGCCGACACGAAGCCCAGCGCGCUGCUCCCCAAGAGCAGCAGCUCGCCGUCGGCAUCCCGGGACGACUCGGAGGCGAGCAAAGUGAGCUACAGCGCCACAAACUCGAUCAAGAACCUGGUGCCGGCAGCGUCCACCGUGACGAACUCCACCACCACCAGCACGACUAACAACACUGGCAACCACAUUACCGCCGCCGCCGCCACCGCCGCCAACAAUUUGAUCCUGGGAUCGUCACCACCACCACCGUCUAACAAUGGCGAUCACGCCUUGGGCUCGCCAGCGUCCGACUCGGGAGGACUCCUUUCAACCCUAACAACACAGCACAACCGGCUCUUCUCGCUCUACACCAGAUUGGUCUAGAAUUAGGGCUUUGGGCCAAGGGAGCCCUAAAAGAACAAAAACUGGAUAUUCCACCGCU